AAUGCGGACAAGCGAAAGAAUUCUGCGUCCUGUAUCUCGGAUCUAUCGCUGCCUCUGGGGGGUCUAUUACGCUCAUUUCGCUUUUACGGUGCAUUAUUGCUUCUGCCUAGUUUUAAUGUCAGACCUUCAGUCAUCUCCUUGAAAUAGACUGCGCUCCUCUGCUUCACUUGGUGGUGAAUGUCUCAUAUAUGAGACGGACUCUACCCUCAGCCCUUCCACUCCUAGAGGCAGCCCCCCGAUCUCCCAUCACUUACCCUCGGCGAUUCCAGUCCUCUACAACAUCGGCGCCUCUCUCACCCGACCCUGAAGACCUCAAUCUGCCUCCCACCUCCCACCAUCCGCCCGUCAUGUCCGCCUCUGCCGCGGUGGCCGAUUCCGACAGCGAGGUGCAGUCUCGCACCCAGCGGAGUCCCCUCGCUUCCCAACGCGCCAAAGCUGAGAACCCGCGAAGGUCUCGCAUCGAGGGCCUCUUCCCUCUGUCCUACAAGCAAGGCUUCUCACAAUGGUGGAGCGCCCUGCCCGCCGCUCAAGCCGAACACCGCGUACUGUCAUUCGUUCCCCAUUUGCAGCAACCUCCCACGCAUGCAAAGACAGGCUCGGCGCCACCCUCACAGAACAACUCCACCGUCACCAUAGACAAGACCGCCUCUCCAGAAGCCACCACCUCCACGAACUCGCUCACAGAUCCAUACGGUCCUCGGACGUGGCACUCUCGCCUGGUCCCCCUCUCCGGGAAAAACCGCGCAUUAAACGAGUUCUCAGUUGUGCGCAAUGUCCCUGAGGAGGGCGAUCCGGAGCAUAACCUGGUCAUCUUGCACGGCUACGGGGCCGGUCUAGGUUUCUUCUACAAGAACUUUGAGCCUCUCUCCCGCGCUCCGGGGUGGCAACUCUACGCCUUAGAUAUGCUCGGCAUGGGCCGCAGCUCGAGACCACCGUUCAAGUUAAAGUCCAAGACGAGGGAGGCACAAAUAACCGAGGCCGAAGAUUGGUUUAUUGACUCGUUAGAGGAGUGGCGAGUGAAGAAGAAGAUCGACAAAAUGACGCUCAUGGGCCACAGCAUGGGGGGAUAUAUGGCCGUGUGUUAUGCGUUGAAAUAUCCUGGCAGACUGAACAAAUUGAUUCUGGCGAGCCCCGUGGGGAUCCCAGAGGAUCCUUACGCCACGCACGCGGCUAUGCCCCCUCCGCCAGACUCGACGGUACAGAAUGGAGUCGCUCAGGAUCAAGAUAGCGAAACAGGAAACACGACCGCCGACAACAACAAAUUAUUCAACGGCCGGAAGCAGGCAGAGAAGGAAGGGCAGCUGAGGCAAAACCCCAACCCCAACCGCCUCCCCGUGAAAGAGAGCUCGUCAACAGAAAAUUCGUCUUCCGAAGAAAACUCGACGCCGCCCCCACGCCGCCCUCUACCGAAAUGGCUCACCUACCUCUGGGACGCGAAUAUCUCCCCGUUCAGCUUUGUUCGGUGGUCCGGCCCCCUGGGCCCUCGUCUCGUCUCAGGCUGGACAUCUCGGCGCUUCUCUCAUCUCCCUCCCGAGGAGGCCUUGGCGUUACAUGAUUACAGCUACUCUUUAUUCCGGCUGAGAGGCAGCGGGGAAUAUGCGCUCGCCUAUAUCUUGGCUCCCGGAGCAUUUGCGAGGAGUCCAUUGAUCAGACGGAUUGGAGCUGUGGGGAGACAACCUCUUACCGCGUCCACACACGAGAUCAAUGAAGAGGGCCAGCUGAAGCAAUAUCCGGGAUCAUCUUCAGCUGCGCAAAACGACACUACUUCAUCAUCCACACCAUCCUCUACCCUACAAGAUGUGGCGCGAGAAAGAGGAAUUCCGGUCGUGCUCAUGUACGGCGAAAACGACUGGAUGGACGUCUCAGGAGGGUACGCUGCAAAGAAGAAAAUUGAUGCCGAAACCGCCCGCGCUCUGGCUGCCGCCCCGCUGGAGGAGAGGGACCGCGACCACGGGUCUGCGAAGGUUGUCAUCAUCAAGAACGCGGGACAUCAUUUGUAUCUGGAUGGGCCGGACGAGUUUAAUGAGGUGAUCCUCGCGGAGAUGGAAGAUGUGCGGAGACGAACUUUGAGGGAGAAAGGGAGAAUGGGGUAGAGAACGGCGGACGCCGAGUUGCGAGUUGAUGGAGUGGUUCGAGUUGCAUGGCAGCGUUUGGUUUACUGUGGUUUGGGCGUCGUGAUGAUGUUAUGGGAUUUAGACGGACAUUUCCUCACUUUGCGUGCAUUGAGCGCGAAGAUUGGGGUUGGGGAACCAUAGAAGGGCGGCGGCAUGGUUUUUGGAUUGAAAGCAAGCAACAGAAACCUGGUGAGAAGGGCUUUGUGGUUCGUUUCCAAGAUCACGGUAUGGUGAUAUUCUUGGCACCUGUCUUUGAGGUGUAUUAUACCAGUGCGAGAGGAUGCGAUCCUCGAGGAACGAGUCGACGCAUUCGUAGCCAAGGCUACCUGCAUAUUAACAAGUUGAUUGGGUCAAGAACGGCUUGUUGUUGACCAGUUUACCACUUCACAACAUCACCAUCAGAGGUGCUAUUAUUUUUUCCCCCAUUCCAAGGCCUCUCUCUUCACAAGGUCCAACAAAGAAGGGGGUGGGGUUGGGUGGUCAUGACCUCUACGGCGUCUCCGCGACGCGAUACACCAACUUCUCCCCG